CACCAGCGGCGUGCCAGCGGGAACGUCUCGUGAACGUCGGCUGCGGCGGUGUUCUUGUGUGUGAGAAAGAGCGUGCUGAUGCCAUGCCAUCCGGCGGUCCAAGUUACGGCAGCUACUGCUGUGUGUCGUGGUGCUUCAACAACGGCAAAACCCAGAAGAAGCCAGGAACGAAUUUCUUCCGCAUACCACGGGACGGCAGGAUGACAGCAUGGAUGCAGUACGCUGGAAGAGACGAUCUUCUGAGUAAGCCGGGCAGCGUAUUGUACGCAACCUACAGAGUUUGCAGCGACCAUUUCACUGCUGAAAGUUUCAUGGACCCUGGGCAUACAAGGCUUACAAAAAUGGCUGUGCCAAGUGUGCACCCAGUUGCACCUUGUUCUUUGAGCGUCGCUUCUCCUAGUGACUGCCACAUGACUGCAGAAGCUGCACUACAAGGAUCUGCGGAAGAGGCUUCGAACAGCGACCCCCACACAUUGAGGUGCCCUGAUGAGCAGGUUGGCAACUCCCUUGUAGCUGGCAAAGGGGCAUCUGCUGAUCUCGGCCUGCCGGAGGAAACCUUGACCAAUCGUUCAGUUGUGACAGAAGGAACUUCUAUGAUCGGCACCUUGCAACUUUCUUCCGACAGCAGUGUCCGAGGCGCUGAACAAGCUUCACAGGACACCCUAGAAGAUGUGUCUGCCAACAGCUCCAUGAAUGAGUGCCCUACUGCAAAUGAGAUUUCCUGCGUGCCAACGACAAGUUGUGCAUCAAAAAUGUACAACCAAACCAUCAAACGUCUCCAAGCCAAAGUAGCAGCACAGCGGAAAACUAUCAAAAGACUGCUGAGACAGGCUCAAAAAUCACCGUCAUCGAUUACAAAGGCUCUUGGCAUUAUCCGACCAGUCUCGCUAACCAAAACUUCUUUCGACACAUGUUCGCUUGAGGCCAAAAGGCAAGGGCAAGCGGUUUCCCGUUUGGUUUAAGAAAUUCGCUCUUCACCUAAACUUCCGUGGCCCGCGAGCAUACCGAUUUCUGGCUCCAUAUUUUUCUUUGCCCUCCCGGCGUACAUUAAGAAGGUGGCUAGCCAAUGUAAAGAUGACUCCAGGCACAAUUCCUGGAAUCAUUUCU